CCCCCUCACAACACCCCCACCCCAUCCUAUCCCAUCCCUCUGCUUCUCCUCUCCCCUCCUCACUGCUAAAUCGCUCCCACAUGGCUCGUCCUGUCGUGCCUCUUCCCAGCAUACGGGACAUAUUCCCAGAAAUGUCCAUCCCUUCUAAUCCAUUGCAUCCACCUUCAAACCUCCGGGCAUCUUCCGCCAACUCUUCCGACCUUCUGGCUACUCAUCCUAUCUCUCCAACAAGUGGGCGACCCGCAAAUUCACCAGACGCCCGCCAUCCUAACGCCGCCAUCUCGUUCCAACAUCCCCAAGUACACUCUUCAUCCCCAUCCAUCAGCCCGAAUGAAGUUGCCGCCCGUCCAUCGCAACUCCUCGAGCCACACUCACAUCCGUCUCCACGCCACAUGAAUCCACCCAAGUGUCCUCCGAGUUAUUCAUUCAACGUGCUGCGCGCAGAUCCCGUUACGGCAUCCCUAGAGCACGUUGCAUCCAGCACCACACUUCGUCAUCGCGGCGUAACAGGUAAUUCUCCUACGGCACAGACAGGUGCAGGCGUCACCAAUGGAUCUGCACCUGCUUUCCGUGUGGCAAUGGCACCCAUGGAUCAGCGUCCCUCCCAUCGCCACAAGCUACCCAUGCAACCUAUCAUAAGAAGCACAAGAAAUCCACCCAGUCCAACCAGUCCCCGAGAUCCAGACCUUCUCCUCCACAUACGUCCUCACCACUCUUCCUCCGUGUUGUCCUUUUCUGUCUCAGACCCCCCUAGUUCCGCUUCCACGAUCAUGAGUCAUGACGGGCGUAGAUCAUACCUUCGGUCUUCUGAAAUCAUGACAGCACCUCUCUCAGGAGAAGGCCGAGGGAAAAAACAUCAAUGUCCUCACUGUGGGAAGCGCUUCAAUCGUCCCAGUAGCAUGAAAAUUCAUGUCAAUACCCACACGGGUGCCAAACCAUAUCGGUGUCCCUUUCCCGGCUGUGGCAGGGAAUUUAACGUUAACUCGAAUAUGCGUCGUCAUUGGCGAAACCAUUCGAGGAGCGGGGCGGGAGGCUUAACCGAUGGCGGUGAUAUACCAUUUGAUGCUUAUUCCCACACCGCGGUAUACCAAACAGGUCAGCCUCGGACACUACAAGGUGGGUCGGGUACACAUCCUUCUUUGAUGUCUCCGCCAGCAACGAACUCGAGCUUGAGUGAGUCAGAGGAAGACGAUGAGGAAAGCGACUCGGAUGAGGAGGGCUCACCGCCUGUCACGGAUGGUGAUGGUGAUGUUGUUAUGAGUGGACACAGUCGCAGGCGUCAUAGUAUUGCUGGAGAGGCUCGCUUUGCUGUGCCUGGCAUUCCAAACUGGGAACGACCGGUCUCCUCGGAGGUUACUCCUGUAUCCACUAGGGCCGCACAUGGUCCCUCGUCCCACCCUUCCGCCGCACACGCCAAAUCCCCCCCUCACUCUUCGGCACAUGCCCUCCAUGAAAGUCCUGGCUCGCAGUCAGAAUUCAUUUACAAGCCAUCAUUGCCAGCGUAUGCGUUGUCGUGUACAGACACGCGGGUAUCUACCGUCUUGAGGCCUGCCUUCACGCAGAGUGUUGGCCGUUGGGCCAUCCCAACAGACACGCGCGUGCGUGGAGGAUGAUCAUCUUAACCGACAGCAGCGCAGUCAUUACGCCGUCAAUGACGCGUUGACCCCACAAAUGACACAGCGGAUUCUCCAUCAUCUUUUCCCUUCUGGUUAAGGACAUCAUCCAUUCUCUUCACGAACACAACGCAUGUUCUCAUGACUAGAAUUGUAUGUCUGCUACUCCCAUAUCUUGUUUCGCGUCCAGCAGGCUACGCCCAUGUACUACUGUAUACGUACUCAUUUAAAUUACUUAAUCUAAACACUAUGUAGUUCUACAUACACACCAUGCAUACAUACCUAUAUCUAUAUCCAUUGAUCGAGUGUGCGUGCACAGGUAUACUUUUCAUU